UUCGUCUCCCAGGUUAAUCACAAAUUCCUGACGACGUUUCCUCCGUAGCAUCAGGUGGCCGCUCUCCAUUUCCCAGGGGAACAUUUUUUUCGCCGGAAAAAAACUUCCCGUACCGGGAUGGCAGCGGCCACCACCAACAACAGGAGGAAUUCCCCGGACAGGAAAAGCGAGCAAACGUUGGCCGUCGCCGUCGACAAGGACAAAGGCAGCCAGUACGCCCUGAAAUGGGCGGUGGAGCAUUUGGCCAACAGAGGGGAUUCCAUCGUUCUUCUUCAUGUCAGGCAAAGGGGAGUCGGAGGAACCCCUGGUUCCAACUCCGAUCCAAAAGACGACGGUGGCAAGAAGCAGUCCCAAUUCGAUAAUGCAACCAAGGAGCUCUUCCUUCCAUUCCGCUGCUUCUGCUCCCGCAAAGAGGUGAAAACGAUUGAGGUACUUAUGGAGGACGCAGACAUACCAAAGGCAAUCAACACCUACUGCGUUGCCAAUUCCAUUGAGGCGCUUGUCCUCGGGACACCAUCUCGCGGCGGAAUCGUCAAGCGAUUCAAGCUCACGGAUGUGCCCAGCACUGUUAUGAAAACGAUCCCCGAUUACUGCACGGUGUACGUAAUCGGGAAGGGGAAGAUCCAAUCCAUCAGAAACGCCACCGCUCCUCCGCCUUCCAGAUCCAACCUUCCCGUUGAUGGCUCCAGGUCCCGUCGACGAGACUAUUCACCACCAGAAAGCAUGAUCGACGACGAAUCUUUUAGAAGCAGGUCGACGGGUAGAGGAAGAGCUUCGAGCGUGGCGGACAUGGACAUUUCCUUUGUCAGCGGCGCAAGGAUGAGCAACGCGGAGAGAAUCCUGUUCCCUUCCUAUGGCGACAGCAGCGAGUUCGGCGUGAGCGCCAGGUCCUCCACGGCUUCCCAAUCCGACAGCAUAAGCGUGGCGUCGUCCUACACACCGAAUACGUCUAUGGAUUUCGGCUCGCUCAGUGAGUUCUCGGCGUCUGACAUCGAUAGCGUCAGGAAUUCCUCUGCUUCCCAGGGCGUGGAGGAUGUAGAGUCGGAAGUGAGGAGGCUGAAGCUGGAGCUCAAGCAAACAAUGGAGAUGUACAACAAUGCUUGCAAAGAGGCGCUUACUGCUAAAUCUAAGGCAAGGGAGCUUCAGAGAUGGAAGAUGGAGAAGGAGCAGAAGCUAGAGACAGCAAAAUCGGCAGAGGAAGCGAUAUUUGCCGCCAUAGAAGAGGAGAAAGCCAAACGCAAGGCGGCCCUGGAGGCAGCUGAAUCAGCUCAGAAGCUUGCCGAGAAGGAAGCCCUGAAGCGGAAAAACUUGGAGAAAAAAACAGAGUCCCUGCCUUACGGCGACCUCUGCUGCCGCCAAUACUCAAUCGAAGAGAUUGAAGAAGCGACCAAUGAUUUCUCCAGCUCCCUCAAGAUCGGCGAAGGGGGAUACGGCCCAGUCUACCGCUGCAACCUGGACCACACGCCGGUGGCGAUCAAGGCCCUCCGGCCCGACGCGGCCCAGGGCAGGGCCCAAUUCCAGCAGGAAGUCGACGUCCUGUCUCGAAUCCGACACCCCAAUAUGGUCCUCUUGAUCGGCGCUUGCUCGGAGUACGGCUGCUUGGUCUACGAGUACAUGGCGAACGGCAGCUUGGAAGACAGGCUGCUCCGGCGAGGGAACACGCCUGCUCUGUCAUGGCAGCUGAGGUUUAAAAUCGCGGCGGAGAUCGCCACGGGGUUACAUUUCCUCCACCAGACCAAACCCGAGCCCUUGGUGCACCGUGAUUUGAAGCCGGGGAACAUUCUCAUCGAUCGAAACUUCGUCAGCAAGAUCAGCGACGUCGGGCUGGCGAGGCUGGUCCCGCCGACGGUGGCUAACAGCAUCACGCAGUACAGGAUGACACAGACUGCAGGGACGUUCUGCUACAUCGACCCGGAGUAUCAGCAGACCGGGAUGCUCGGGACGAAAUCGGACAUAUAUUCGUUCGGAAUCAUCCUCCUGCAGCUGAUCACGGCCAAGCCGCCGAUGGGGCUGACUCACUACGUCCAGCGGGCGAUUGAGAAGGGGAAUUUCGCCGACAUUCUCGACCCGGAUGUGCCCGAUUGGCCUGUGGAGGAGGCUUUGAAAGUGGCGAAAUUGGGGAUCCAAUGCGCGGAAUUGAGGCGGAAGGAUCGGCCGGAUCUGAAGGACGUCGUGCUGCCGGAGCUCUGCAAGUUGAGGGAGCUCGCCGAUGAGAAAAUGGCGGGCUUGUACUUCUCUGCCCCUGCCGCCGGCGAUAGCCCGGUCGGGUCGCAAUUUAAAACCAGCUUCUCGGUUCAACCAGUGAGUGAAGUGAUGUCAGGAUAUGAGAGCUCCAGGAGUCGGUACAGCACGUCGUCGUUUUCAGGUCCGCAAGGAUGAGAAACGAUUGUUUUUGCCACGUACGCGAGCGGGUUGACUGAUUGUCAAUACGUAUAUGGAAGGCAAGAUGGCUGUAGGUUGCCACAAGCCAUAGAAUAUAGCUCUGUGAAUCACAGAAAUUUUUUGUGAUUGCUUUGUAGCCAUGACAUGAGAUGCGAAAACAUCUUUUUUUAUUAAAUUGAAAUUGUGUUG